GUUACUAUAUUUGUUAGAAUUUAAUAUAAUAGUAUACUAUAUAGCUUACCACUAGUAUAAUAUUAAUUCCAGUUACAGGAUCUUCAUUUUUGUGGAUUGUUUAUAUUUAAUCCUUGCGCUAGAAAGAUGCCCUACAUGGUGGUUAAUCUCUAAUCUAUUAAUGCUACUUACUCGUCAAUUAUCAAUCAACAAUUCAUGCAUUCAUGCAUCAGAAAGUUUGCUGUAACACGUCAACCUUUUUUUAAUGCCCCACCCUAUUCAGGCUGUUUGAUUAGAAUAUUAGAGUUGUAGUCUUUACUGGCACACUGUUCCGAUAAAUCCGCGGAUUUAUGGCCAUAUGCAAGUUCGUACUGUAGAGCCCUGCAUCCACAGAUUAAUUUCCUGGAAGUCCUGCCAAGAGAACAAAGUUCCCAAAAAGAUUUAACUGCAGGAUCACAAAAGAGUUCUCUGUUCAUCUCUGUGUUCCCUUGAAAUGAGUCUCUGCUCAGUACCAGAUGAAGUGGUCACAGUGCCAUGCUGCAGCCAGAGAUGAAGACUGAACACUGAUCAUGAAGGUCAGAGCUUGCAUAAUAGAGGUGGUCAGCAUGCGUAUCACAAAGUACUGCACCAUCUUCCUCUUGCUGGCUGUGUUUGUCAUAAUCUUUAUGCUACGUAAGAUGGACUUCCUGGAGUUUCAGCAUAAAGUGAAAUCCUACCCAAGAGUUUCCCCUGACCGUGACAUUCAACAUGGCUUCUGCACCUUCCAGCCACCGUCCUCUAAGGACGCUCUGGAGGAACGCCUCCUACUAGACUCCAUUGCUUGGCCUGAAACUCCUGCUCUGCCAGAUCCUCUUUCCCUGGAGCAGACCAGUGAUCCUGCCCACAGCAGUUUCACCAUUCUCCCACCAGGGAGGGAAGGAGGAGAGUGGCACGUAGGGGAUCAGCUGGAGGUUAUGAUUAAAAUGUAUGACUUCCUGGGCCGUCUCAAGAAGUCUGGGGGAGACGUCUUACUCGCCCGGCUGCACAACCUGAAGCUUGGUGCAGGUGUGGCUGGACAAGUGGUGGAUCAUCUCAAUGGCUCCUACUCUGCUGUGUUCUCUUUACUCUGGGAAGGAAGCGCACAGGUUGAGGUGACGCUGGUUCACCCUAGUGAGGCUGUCACAGUGCUGCGCAGGCUGACCAGUGAACAGCCAGACAGGGUUUAUUUCCAGAGCCUCUUCCGUUCAGGCUCUCUUUCUGAAACCACUACCUGUAACGUCUGCCUACGUCCAACUCAGCAGCCGCUGUGCAAUUACACUGACCUCCGUACAGGCGAGCCUUGGUUCUGCUACAAGCCAAAGAAGCUGAGCUGUGAUGCCAGGAUCAGCCACUCCAAGGGAGGAUUCAAACAAAACCUCAAAGCCAAGGAAGAGAAGCUCUUUCAAAGUGGAGUCAACAUGAAGGUUUCUCUUCAGGCUUCAGGACCUGCCAAUGUCACAGUGUGGCCAAAAAAGAAAGGUCAACCAGAGGUGAAGAACAGCAGUGUGAAGUCUGGACCCUCUGGCUAUUACUACCAGGGUGCAUGGCAAGCACUAGAUGGCACCACAGUUCAACAAUUCAACACCUCCUCUGCCAUCAGUCAGUGUCUGAAAGGCAAGAUGGUCCACCUGUAUGGAGACUCCACCAUCAGACAGUGGUUUGAGCACCUCAACGCAGCACUGCCAGAUCUUAAGGAGUUUAACCUGCACAGUCCAAAGCAAGUUGGACCUUUCAUGGCCUUGGACUAUGCAAACAACAUCUUGGUGACGUAUCGCUGCCACGGUCCUCCUCUCCGUUUUGGCAACGUCCCAGCCACUGAGCUGCGUUACAUUGCCAAUGAACUAGAUGGGUUAACUGGAGGCAGCAACACUGUUGUAGUUAUUGGCAUCUGGUCUCACUUCAGCACUUUCCCCAUGGAGCUCUACAUACAGCGGCUGCAGAGCAUCCGCAGGGCGGUGGUGCGGCUGUUGGUCAGGGCUCCAGGCACACUGGUCGUCAUCCGGACCGCGAACCUCAAAGCUUUGACACUUUAUGAGACGCUGACCAACAGCGACUGGUACUCACUGCAGCGUGACAAGGUGCUCAGAGCCGUGUUCAAAGGACUGAAUGUUCGUCUGGUGGACGCCUGGGAGAUGAGUCUGGCCCACCACCUACCGCACAGCCUCCACCCACAACCUCCCAUUAUUAAGAAUAUGAUUGACGUUCUCUUGUCCUACAUAUGUCCUCAAAAGGGCAGUUAGAUGUGUGUUUGUUUGGUGAGAGGAAUGGGGCAAGGAACCACAUACCGAGUUUACAUGUUGUCUACAUUACAUUUCAAGUGCAGCAUUUUUCAAUUCAGAAUUCCAUGCACAGACUAGCUAACUACACAUGUUUUAACCUAUAUAUAACAAGGGAAUGUGAAAUGGGCAGAGAAGAAACAUAACAGGAUGUAUAUCAGCCAGGUUGGGGUCAGGUAAACGUUGAGACGCAACGUGAAAAUUGGUUAUGCAAUUUGAGGACACUCAUCCAGCAGCAACCUGUCUACAUCUAAAGAUAACCUGUGCUCUGCUAGACUCUAAUGUACGAUGUGGUGAGUGUAGUUUUCUUUUAAGUGCAGUAAACUUUAGUUUAAUGAUUUCUCAAACAAUUUAGGGUACAGAUAUAAUUUUACCUUCAUGGGAAUGUACGUUUCUGGAUCUAACAACUAACCUUCUCAUCUUGUCAAUUUAACAUUUAAAAUUUUAGAAGUGCUGGUAAGUGUAUUUUGUUACCUUUGAACAGAGCAAGGCUAGCUGUCCUCCCCUCUUUACAGGGUUUAUUUUUAAUGAAUAAGAGACAGCAGCAAAGGACGCUGCCUGUUUGAGACCUGGUGGCCUAACUGUUAAAGAAACAGUUAUAUUCUUCAGGAAACUGAUCAAACAGCAGAUCAGUCUCUGUCUAUUGAUAAACUGUAGGAAAAAGUUUGACAUUUCGACUCUGGCAGCAGGCGGGCGUGUGGGUGAGAUAAGAAGGACCGCGCCAGUUUCACAGGAUCGCACAAGUUACACAGAAGCCUUUGCCAUGGUUACCUCGCAGAGCACUUGUUUGCCUGUCUGUUGAUGAGGAGUGCAGAGCAACCCGCGCAUCCAAGCUAACUGAAAAGGUCUUAUAUAAACCCCGUAACAACCAUUCACAAGAAAUUAUUCCAAGGACGACUUAAAAAGCAACCAUUCAUACAGAAAAGUGUAUAGGCCUAUAGGCUAUGUGAGUUAUCAAUCAACAACAAUGUCAAAGUAAACAUUAGAUAGCCUAUAACAAGCAAUAAUUCAAACCUACAUUUUUUUCCGAUCCUUAUUGUCAACACAGUGUUGGCCAAGUUACUAAUAAUAAGACUGUAGCUAUUACCUAGAAAAGUAAUUAAAAAAGUAAUAUUAGCUACUCUACUUAUUACUGGGUGAUUUAUUGCCCUGUCUCCCAGCGAGUCCAAUCAUCACUGGCAGCAGUUUCACGUUGCUGUGUAGCAGUCGCACAUUCACGUCAGGGAUGGUGCGUUCAGUAGCGUAGUGUCUUGGAUUAGUAACUGUAAUAAUAUAACUGUUUUGGAAAUAGUAAUCCGUUACAUUACUCUUUACUGGGAAAAAUAAUAUUGCAGUAUUACUGCCCAACACGUUACCACUGAUGUGUGAGUACAACUGUGGUACACACUACGCUGGUGUGGAAUGGGCAGCUGAACGCAAACAAACUUCCUUGUUGAUUAUGACGGACUAAAAAUGACCUAUCUAUAAAUGAAUAAAUAAAUAAAUGCAGAAAUACAUAAUUAAAUGCAUAAAGAAAUUAAAAUUAAAUUUAUUUUGGUCAUUAAAAAAAGCUAUUUGCUGUAUUUAUUUAUGUAUUUCUACAUGCAUUUAUUUCUACAUAUAUUUAUUGAUUUAUUUCUACAUUUAUUUAUGUAUUUAUUGAUUUAUUUAUAUAUUUAUUGAUUUCCACAUUUAUUUAUGCCUGUAUUUCCACAUUUCCACACAGUAAUUCAUUAUUGCAUAUAUCACCAGUAUACUUUUUAUUUAAUGGUAUAACAUUACAUUAACACUAAUUUAUACUCAUUCAGGUUGUGCCUCUGCAGUAUAGCAUCAGGAUGCCACUGUGCUAAUGUUCUCCUUCAAGCUUCAAGCCAGCCUCCUCUUUGUGUGUACCAACCAAUACACACGCCAACAUGUGAAUGGGGAGUAUUGGAAUCUACUUUUUCAAUUUAAGCACUGGAUGUAACAGUUGAAACUUCCUGUUUUCAAGCUGGUCAGCCACAUCCCACAGCAGGUCUGCCAGCAGCCUCUCUCUUGAAGCUAUUGUGUGAAUUAACUGUCUAUUAUACUACAAGGUUAGCUACUCAGUAAAGUCAGCAGUAAGUCUGAACAUUAGAGUGUAAAGUUAACAUUUAACACUACACCAGACUAAGAAAUGCAAAUUUCUACACUAAAAAAGAUAGAACAUUCACUGUUAUUCAUAAUUUACUCUUAUUAAUUCACUCUUCAUGAUUGUUAAACCUUUUCAUUGACUCCUGCAAAUGCUAAAAUUCACUAAUAUUUACUCACCGUAAGUGUUAUUCUUGCUAAACACCUUGUUGAAAUAAAAAUCUAGUGUUUUACAAUUUUCUACUUUAGCUUACUUAAAACAAGUAAAACUUGUGUGCAGGGGGAAAAACAACAACCACCAUAACAUUCAUGUAAUCCAUACAAUUUAUUAAAAAUAAAAACAUUUAACUUUAA